GGACAGAGAAGCCAAGCUCCUGCAGCUGGGCUGCCUGAAGAGGCCACGACCCUGGAGGAUCCUGAGGCCACCGAACCAAGUCUCCUGUCACCACCCCAGGGGCCUAAAGCGACAGUCUCAGGGACCACUGCAAGGUUUCCAGUUGCCUAGACAACGAGCCCCGGCUCAGAGCAACAGCUCUUCUAGCACCUGUCUCCGCUGCUGCUGCUGCUGCUGCUGCUGCCUUGGACACCAGGUGACAUGCCGGUGCUCUCCACCCCACGGCCCUCGCGGGUGACCACACUGAGGCGCACAGCGAUGGUCCUGGCACUCACAGCCUAUGGAGCCCACAAACUCUACCCUCUGGUGCGUCAGUGCCUAGCCCCGGCCAGGGGUCCUCAGGGCCCAGCCGGGGAGCCCCCACAGGAGGCCCUGGGGUCCACUGCGGCCAAGGCUGGCAUGAACCGGGUGUUCCUGCGGCGGCUCCUGGUGCUCCUGCGGCUGCUGUUCCCCAGGGUCCUGUGCCGGGAGACCGGACUGCUGGCACUGCACUCGGCGGCGCUGGUAAGCCGGACCUUCCUCUCUGUGUACGUGGCCCGCCUGGACGGCCGGCUGGCCCGCUGCAUCGUGCGCAAGGACCCUCGAGCCUUCGGAUGGCAGCUCCUGCAGUGGUUGCUCAUUGCGCUGCCCGCCACCUUCGUCAACAGCGCCAUCCGCUACCUGGAGGGCCAGCUAGCCCUGUCCUUUCGCAGCCGUCUGGUGGCCCAUGCCUACAGCCUCUACUUCUCCCAGCAGACCUACUACCGCGUGAGCAACAUGGACGGGCGGCUUCGCAACCCCGACCAGUCUUUGACUGAGGACCUGGUGGCCUUCGCCGCCUCCGUGGCCCACCUCUACUCCAACCUGACCAAGCCGCUGCUGGAUGUGGCCGUGACCUCCUACACUCUCAUCAGGGCAGCGCGCUCCCGAGGGGCCGGCACAGCCUGGCCCUCGGCCAUCGCCGGCCUUGUGGUGUUCCUCACAGCCAACGUGCUGCGGGCCUUCUCACCCAAGUUCGGGGAGCUGGUGGCCGAGGAGGCACGACGGAAGGGGGAGCUCCGCUACAUGCACUCUCGAGUGGUGGCCAACUCGGAGGAGAUCGCCUUCUAUGGGGGCCACGAGGUGGAGCUGGCGCUGCUGCGGGACUGCUACCGGGCCCUGGCGGCACAGAUCAACGUCAUCCUGCUGGAGCGCCUGUGGUAUGUCAUGCUCGAGCAGUUCCUCAUGAAGUAUGUGUGGAGCGCCUCUGGCCUGCUCAUGGUGGCUGUCCCCAUCAUCACUGCCACCGGCUACUCAGAGUCAGACUCGGAGGCCACGAAGAGGGCUGCCUUGGAGAUGAGGGAGGAGGAGCUGGUGAGCGAGCGCACAGAGGCCUUCACCAUCGCACGCAACCUGCUCACAGCCGCAGCCGACGCCACCGAGCGGAUCAUGUCAUCCUACAAAGAGGUGACAGAGCUGGCCGGCUACACGGCGCGUGUGCAUGAGAUGUUCCAGGUGUUUGAAGACGUCCAGCACUGUCGCUUCAAGCGGCCAGGGGAGCUGGAGGACACCCAGGCAGGGGCAGGGGCCGUGGCGCGCUCCGGUGUCCGCAUGGAGGGGCCCCUGCGCAUACAAGGUGGAAGAGGGCAUGCACCUGCUCAUCACAGGCCCCAACGGCUGCGGCAAGAGCUCGCUCUUCAGGAUCCUGGGUGGGUUGUGGCCCACGUAUGGUGGCGUCCUCUACAAGCCCCCGCCGCAGCGCAUGUUCUACAUCCCGCAGAGGCCCUACAUGUCCGUGGGCUCGCUGCGCGACCAGGUCAUCUACCCGGACUCGGUGGAAGACAUGCGCCGCAAGGGUUGCUCAGAGCAGCAGCUGGAAGCCAUCCUGGACAUCGUGCACCUGAACCACAUCCUACAGCGGGAGGGAGGUUGGGAGGCCCUGUGCGACUGGAAGGACGUGCUGUCGGGCGGCGAGAAGCAGCGGAUUGGCAUGGCCCGGAUGUUCUACCACAGGCCCAAGUACGCCCUCCUGGACGAGUGCACCAGUGCUGUGAGCAUCGACGUGGAAGGCAAGAUCUUCCAGGCGGCCAAGGACGCGGGCAUCGCAUUACUCUCCAUCACCCACCGGCCCUCCCUAUGGAAGUACCACACGCACCUGUUGCAGUUCGACGGCGAGGGCGGCUGGAAGUUCGAGAAGCUGGACUCGGCGGCGCGCCUGAGCCUCAGGGAGGAGCGGCAGCGGCUGGAGCAGCAGCUGGCCGGCAUCCCCAAGAUGCAGCAGCGCCUCCAGGAGCUGUGCCACAUCCUCGGCGAGACCCCUGGGCCUGCUGUUCCCCCUUGAGUGCCACCAGGCCGCCAGCCCUGCCCCGCGCCAGGCUCUCAGACCACGUGAAGGAAGCCGAGGUCCCCAGCCUGCCCUCGCCUCCCCCGUGUGCCUCCUGCUCAGGGCCGCAGCCUCCCUUCCUGGAAGAGCCAGGGACCCAGGCACUACGCCGCUGUGACCGCCUUUGCUCUGGGGAAGGGCAUAGGGCUUGGGGCCGAGCCUGCGGAUGGAGCAGGGCCCCCCCGACCCCAGCUCACUGCCGCCAGCUAGAGGCCACCUCCCUCCUGAGACCCAAAUCACCACUUCCCCAUCGCUGUCACCACCCCUGGCCCGUGGGGUAUCCUGCCACAGAAGCAGCCGAGCAGAGCCCGGAGUCAGAGUCCUGUGCCAGUGUCCCUUUGGCCACUGGGAGUCCCCAAGAGCCCCCUGGGAUGGGGGACAAGCCACAGGAAAGCAGCCCCGGCCUUCUGCCCUCCUCCACCUAAUGUAUCAGCUUCCCUGUCUGUGGCGGGCUCCAUUGCCAGCAGGGGAGGUGACCAGGCCCAGGCGCUCCCGGCAGCCACCAACACCCGCCAGCACCCGCCACCCUGCCAGCCUACACUGCCAGCCGCCACUGGGGGGCGCGCGCUGCCCAUCCUCUGGGAGCCAGGGCUCCAUGUUCCCAGCUCAGUGCCAAAGAGGGGUCCCAGGGAGCGCUGUGUCGCCAGAGGGAGACCCCACCGCCGCGUGUGCCUUUCCUGGGCCCUGGGCCCCCCACCCCAGGCGGGGCGCUCUCAGUCCCUUCAGUAAAGCUGCUGUGGAAAACGCA